CUGCAGGAUAAAGAAGUCGCUGGAUCUCCUCGAUCGCACUCUCGGCCUCAGAUUGGUCAAGCCUGCCCGGGCAGGAAAAAAGCGGAAGCGCGCUCUUUCAAACUCGCAGUUCCGACGUCGAUAGAGGCAGGCCACUUCCGGCGUAGCCAUGGCGGCUAACGCUACCACUAACCCGUCGCAGCUGCUUCCUCUAGAGCUUGUGGACAAGUGUAUAGGAUCAAGAAUUCACAUUGUGAUGAAGAGUGAUAAGGAGAUUGUUGGCACACUUCUGGGAUUUGAUGACUUUGUCAAUAUGGUAUUGGAAGAUGUCACUGAAUUUGAAAUCACACCAGAAGGAAGAAGAAUUACUAAACUAGAUCAAAUUUUGCUAAAUGGAAAUAAUAUAACAAUGCUGGUUCCUGGAGGAGAAGGACCUGAAGUAUGAAAGGAUUUCCUUGACUUAAUGCUAGGUUCUGUUUUGUUUUAUAAUGACAACAGAAGAGAAAUUUUUUUUUUUACCUUUUAAUGUUUGUAUUCUGUGAAGCCAAGUUUCCCGUUAAAGGGAAGUGCUUUGAAGAUGCAUUGUAAAUGCCCAUUUUUGUAAGUUCAUCAUGAUUAUAUUGGGGAAAGAACAGUUUGUUCUUUGAAGACAAAAAUAAACGUGUUUUUGUUAA